CGGGGGGGACUCCCGCAGCCGCGCCCCUUUGCAAGAAGCGCUCCCGAGGCUGCUCUUUUACUUUCCUUUCUCCGCAGCACGGUCCGGCCUGUGCCACCUGCGCCGAGUGGGUCCACACUGCGGUGUUAGCCUGUAAGGUGCCAGACCUCUUUGCUCCGCAGCGCUGAGCGGUACUGAAUUAGACCCUUUCCUGAGUCUGAAGGGGCAGGAUUAUACCCUCAGAACAGGAGCAGCAUGCAGGCCCAGGAGCGCCCAGCUGAGAUUGAUGAGAGCCUCUACUCAAGGCAGCUGUAUGUGCUGGGCCACGAGGCCAUGCGUAGGUUGGCCAGCACCUCUGUGUUGGUGUCAGGAAUGAAGGGGCUGGGUGUGGAGAUUGCCAAGAACGUUAUCCUGGCUGGCGUUAAAUCUGUCACUGUGCACGACCCAGGUGAUGCCCAGUGGAGCGACCUCUCUUCACAGUUCUUCUUGUCAGAGAAUGACGUGGGUCACAACCGAGCCAUAGCUUCCCAGAAGUGCCUCGCAGAGCUCAACAGCUACGUGGUUGUGACAGCCUAUACUGGGGCCCUGUCUGAGAGCUUCCUGGAGGCCUUCCAGGUUGUGGUACUGACCAACUCCUCCCUGGAGGAGCAGCUCUAUAUCAGUGACUUCUGCCAUGCCAGGAACAUCUGCUUCAUCGUUGCUGACACAAAGGGGCUGGCUGGGCAGCUCUUCUGUGACUUUGGGCAACAUUUUGUUGUCCAUGACCCCACGGAGGUUGAGCCCAUUUGUGCCUACAUCCAGCACAUCUCACAGGACAACCCCGGAGUCUUAACCUGUGUAGACAAAGAAGGCCAUAGCCAUGACUUUGUGAGUGGCGACUUUGUGACGUUCUCAGGUGUGGAGGGCAUGACCGAGUUGAAUGCCUGUGAGCCUCGUGCUGUCCGUGUGCUGGACGAGUACAUGCUGGAGAUCGGUGACACAAGCUCUUUCUCUCCAUACCAGCGUGGGGGCCUUGUCACUCAGGUGAAGGUGCCCCAGGAGCACUCCUAUGAGCCUCUGAGAGCAGCCCUGGCCAACCUGAAGAUCAAAGAUGCAGACCCUGAGAAGCAACAGCGCUACCAUAGCCUGCACCUGGCCUUCCAGGCACUGCAUGUCUUCUGCAAGGAGCAGAGUCGACUUCCCCAGCCAAGAGUGCAGGUGGAUGCUGAGCAGUUACUGAAGCUGGCUCAAGACCUGAAUGUGCAGCAGGAGCCACUGGAAGAGGAUCUGGUGCGGGCAUUUGCCAGCAUGAGUGCUGGAGAGCUGAGCCCCAUUGCUGCCCUUUUUGGGGGCCUGGCUGCCCAGGAAGUGCUGAAGGCUGCCUCAGGGAAGUUCCUGCCACUGGCACAAUGGCUGUACUUUGAUGCCCUGGAAUGCCUGCCCAAGGAUGGAGCUGCAUCACUGACUGAGGAAUCCUGUGCUCCACGUGGCUGCCGCUAUGAUGGACAAAUUGCUGUGUUUGGGGCCAAUUUCCAGGAGAGGCUGGGCCAGCAGAAGUACUUUGUGGUGGGGUCUGGUGCCAUUGGCUGUGAGCUGCUGAAGAACUUUGCAAUGAUGGGGCUGGCUGCUGGCAAAGGUGGAAGCAUCACAGUGACCGACAUGGACACCAUUGAGCGCUCCAACCUCAACCGGCAGUUUCUCUUCCGGCCAUGGGAUGUAUCUAAGCUGAAAUCAGAGGUGGCAGCAGAGGCAGUGAGGCGCAUGAACCCGCACAUCAAUAUAGUGGCCCACGACAACCAGGUGGGGCCCACCACAGAGCUGCAAUAUGGCGAGGACUUUUUCCAGCCUCUUGAUGGCGUGGCAAGUGCCCUGGACAGCAUGAGAGCUCGGACAUAUGUGGACAGCCAGUGCAUCCGUUACCUGAAGCCACUGCUUGACUCAGGCACCCAGGGCACCAAGGGACAUGUGCAGGUCAUUGUGCCCCACCUAACAGAACCAUUUGGCAAUCACAGUGACCCGUUGGAGAAGGCCAUUCCUGUCUGCACCUUGCGUCACUUCCCCAGUUCCAUCGAGCACACGCUGCAGUGGGCCCGUGAUGAGUUUGAGGGGCUCUUCAGGCUGCCUGCUGAGAAUGUCAACAGAUACCUGCAGGACUCAACUUUCCUGGACGGGCAGCAGCCAAGUAUGGAGGCACUAGAGGUCCUGGAGCUGGUGCGCAGUAGCCUGCUGGAGAAACCACAAUCCUGGCAGGACUGUGUGUACUGGGCCCGGCAGCGCUGGGAGAGCCUUUACCACAACAGCAUCCAGCAGUUGCUGCACAGUUUCCCCCCUGACCAUGUGACCAGCUUGGGGAUCCCCUUCUGGUCAGGGAUCAGGAAAUGUCCCCGGCCCCUGGAGUUUGACUGCAACAAUGAUACCCACAUGCAGUACAUCAUGGCUGCCGCCAGCCUGUUUGCUCAGAUGCACAAGCUACAGAUGUCUGGGGACACAGCAGCCAUCCAGGAGACCCUACAUUCUACGACCUUGCUGCCCUUCAAGCCACAGGCUGGGGUGAAGAUCCCAGUCACAGAUGAGGAGUUGCAAGAGACAUCGACUGCAGCUGAUGAGGGUCGUUUGGCAAAGCUGAGUCAGGAGCUUGCAGAGCUCCGCCAUGAGCUGGUGAGGAAGAAUCUCUGCAGCGCCUACCUUAUGGAACCAAUUCACUUUGAGAAGGAUGAUGAUAGCAACUGCCACAUUGAUUUUAUCACGGUCGCAUCCAACCUACGAGCUGAGAACUAUGGCAUUCCGCCUGCUGACAAGUGCAAGAGCAAGCGGAUUGCUGGCCGGAUCGUGCCUGCCAUUGCCACCACAACAGCAGCGGUGGCUGGCCUGGCAUGCCUAGAGCUCUUCAAGUUGGUAUGGGGGCACCAGCACCUCAGCGCCUACUGUAACAGCUUCCUGCAGCUCUCAGAGCCCCGGCUUACCCGUUUCCAGCCUCUGCCAGCCUCCACUUGCAAGUAUGGCCAGAAGAUGUGGAGCUGCUGGGACCGGUUCAGGGUGCAAGGGAUCAGAGAUGAUGGAAAGGAGAUGACACUGCAGGAGCUUCUGGACCAUCUCAAGGUGAAGAAGCCUGCUCCUGCCCUGCCGACCGUUCAUAGUUUGGCGGUGAGCAUGCUGCUUCAUGAGCAGGCCACCCUCUACCACAGUCUCUGGAGCAAGCAGAAACAAGAGGAGCGACUCAUCCAGAGACUGACCCAGCUUGUAAGAGGUGAUGCCAAUAAUGCAGUACAGCAGCUGCCUCCUGUCCUGGUGCUGCAGGUCAUCUGUGAAGAUGAGGAUGAUGACACCACCUUACCCCCCAUCCACCUCCGGCUCCACUGAAUUCAGUAACUGAAGUCUGCCUCAUGUAGGUACAGUGCACUUCCCCUUCAACUCCUAUGUUAGCUGGGAGCCAAAUGGACAGGGAACACAAGGCAGCCUCUCUUCUGUAUCUAUGCGGCUUUUCAUGGCUGGGCUUGAUAGGGCACUUCUGCAUAGAUAAUAAAGCACUGAUGCCACCCUCAUCAAGAUAAAUGCUUAAUAAAACCUGUGAUGAUUGCUGCAGUUGGGAGCCUGCCCAUGUCAGAACUCAGACUCUGCUGAGUCCAUGAGGCCCUUUGUGCAGCUCAGCAGCAUGCCUUGAAUUGUCUGUGCCCUCUGAUUGCCCUGUCCAAUCCUUUCCAAAAGGGCAGGGCCUACUCUGGGCACUGAUGGCUGACCCUGUCUAACUGUGGUGCAGAGUAGAAGGGGCAGGCAGGGAAAAAGUGUAGAAUCUCAGUAUAAGGGGAAGGGAACCUCCAAAAGUUUGCCCUACACAAGCAGUCUUGGCCAGGGGGGCUGGGUGUAGCCAAAAUAUAGCUGCUGAAGAGCUCUGGCAGGGUCACAAACCUACAGCCAGUGGCAUUUCAUAGGACAGGGUCCACUCCCAUAAUGAACUGCUCUGAGCAAGCAAAUUGUUUCACAUGUGUAUAUGUGCAUCAUUAAAUGGGUACAUGUAUGUAGGAACAUGUGUGCACACGCAAAUGUCUGUGGGAGUGUAUGUAUAUACACAAUGUAAGUGCAAAGUGAUGCAUCAGGUCUAGGGGGAGGGGUGUGGAGGCAUUCUUAGUAGGUGCAUGUAUAUCUGUAUGGGCUGUGUGUCUGCGUGCACAUGUUCAGCAGUAGUGUAACUGAGGAGGGGCAACAGGGAAGUAGCCACCUCUGUCAGGAGGUGCAGAAAAUAGCCAUGACAGCAGUGGCAGUUGAUCAUGCCACUACAUUCAGCAGGGGUGUCAGCAAGCACCACAGCAGUCUGCACUGCCUCAUGAGGAACGGACUAGCCAACUACACUUCUAACACUCAGACAUGCAGAUGAUGUUAUGGCGAAUGUGUGUGCAUAUGGGAAUAAUGCUGUUUCAGAAAGGCUGUGUGUAUGGGGGGCGGGGGUGUAUACAUAUUUUGUAUGUGUGCAAAUCAUGCCUAUGGGGCAGCAUGUGCUUCUGGGCACCUCCCACUACACAGCAUGUGCAGCAGCAGUAUAAAUUAAGCUCAGCACAAACUGUCGCAGUGUCGAUGGGAGGAAGCUGGUCCCAUGCCUGCAGGCGAAUUUGGCACCAA